AUGGUAGAUGUUGUGGUUUUGGCAAAAGCAUAUGAGAAUUUCAUGACCAACGGCGACCUAGAAGUAGUUGUCGAUUGGAUACCUGGAAUGCCCAAUAUCCAUCUUAGGGACUUACCGUCCUUCAUUAGGACAACCAAUCUUAAUGAUCCCAUGUUUCAAUUUUGCACGGUCGAAAACCCUAAGGCCCUCAAGUUUUCGGCAGUCAUUAUCAACACAUUCGAAGAAUUGGAGAAACUUGUUCUCGAUGCCAUGAGAGAAAGAAUCUGUUGCCCAAUCUACACAAUCGGCCCGUUUGCAAGCUUCAGCCAAUUUGAAUCCAAAGGCCGUUUAAAUUUUGCAGUUUUAACACCUAAUCAAUUCAACGAGUUCGCUUGGGGUCUUGCAAACAGCCAAAGACAUUUCAUAUGGGUCAUUCGUGAUAAUCUCGUUAUCGGCAAAUCGGCAACAAUAGAAAAAGUAUUUGUCGAAGCAACUAAAGAAAGAGGGCUAAUCUUGAGUUGGUGUAACCAGAUGAAAGUACUGUCACACCAUGCAAUUGGUGGCUUCCUAACUCACAAUGGGUGGAAAUCUACAAUUGAGGGCAUUUGCAAUGGCGUGCCCAUGCUGUGUUGGCCCUUCUUUGCCGAUCAACAAAUAAAUUGCCGGUAUGUUUGCAAGGAAUGGGGCAUUGGGAUGGAGAUAAACCCUGAUGUGAAGAGGGAGGAUGUUGAAGCACUGGUGAGGGAGUUAUGGAAGGAGAGAAGGGUAAAGAGAUGA